AGAAAGAAAAAGCGAACAACGGAAGAUCGAAGAGAGAGAAGAAAGAAAGAACAGAGAAGUGGGAAACCAGAAACGAAGAAAUAAAGAAGCGAAGAAAAAGAAGAAAGAAACUGACCGGCGGUGGGGCUCCGGCGAGUUCGAAGCUCCUGUCGGCCGUCAGUCUUUGAAUUUGAGCUCAGAUGAAGGUGUUUGAGGUCGAUGCUCACACAAUCACUCUUUCCCUCUUCAUCGACGUCACUAAUUCAAAGGAACUUUUGGAUUCUAUGCAAGCUGGAAACUUGAAGCCAGAAGUUGCGUUUCUCAAUGCAUCUCUUAUUCCUGAUGUCUUCCCUGUUCUGGCAGCUGCCCACAAGGCUCUUCUGUCAAAAGCGCGGGAGUCUCUAACAACAAGGACUCUUCAUUCUGAGCUAGUUUACAAUUAUUCAGGAUCUAAGCAUAUUACAGAGUCUUUAAAAAGGUGUGGCAUCUCUGAUAGUUGUUCAUAUGUCCUUGCUGCAUGCUUCGAUGCUUCAGUAGAUGAGAUGAAAGCCAUGCAAGACAUCAUCAAGGGAAAGGAAAUUGAUUUGGAAGAGUUGGCAGGGAAAGCAAGUCAAGGCCAAAUUCUAAAGCUCUUCAAAAUUUCCAGCCUAGAAUUGGGGGUAGGCACACUUGCAGAUGCCAUUACAUGUCGAAUUGCUGCUCGUGAUGCUUUGUGAAGAAAGGGAGCUCUAGAGCUGUUUUUGUGAGAAUGCAUGCAUGAUGCUUGCAGCUUUUCUAUUUAUCAACUUUUAUUGCAAACUUCUCACAUAAGUUGGGGGUGUUACAGCCUCAAAGUCAUCGACGAGCCUGUUCUACCAGUGAAUUCCUGAUUUCCUUAGUCCUUCACCCGACAGAGAAGAAUUGGGCGUCGAUUUUGUCGCUUCUUAUUGUCUUCAUCUUCAUCUAAGGGUGUUCUAUUUGGGAGAAUCUCCUCAGAAACUCUGAACCUCGCUGCUGAUUGGUUGACGAACAACAUCUUCCACUGCAACGAGCUAAGUCUUAGGUUCCUCUAUAGAUUUUCUUUUUAAUUUUAGUUUUAAUUUAAUGUUUAAUUUUUCAGUUGAUUGUCUUUUAAUGUAGUUUGGGGUGUUUUGAAUGUUACUAGUUAAUUGGUUUAGCUGUUAGGCGUUAUAUUUUUUUGGUCUUUGUUAUGUUUUGGAAAUCAGUGUUACUUGUUUGUGUUUGUGCUUGUUAGUCUCAUCAUGGAGUCAGAAUAUUGGAAACUCGGGUUUCAAAAGUUGGGGAUAGAGUUUGAAUUGCACGUUAUGAAAUUGAGAACUUUUGAUGGUUC